AUGCACCGCAGCACGGAGGCCGGCACGCAAGGUGGAGCAGGUCACGACGGCAACACACGCGAGGGCGGGCCAGCUCCAGCUCCGGCAGCGCAGCUCCUCCCGUUCCCCGUUAUUAACUGCCCCUCGGGCGGCUCGGUUGUGCCCGGGCGCUGGGGAGGAACUCUCACCCUCGCCACAAGCCGCCGCGCACCGUUGCCGUGGUUACGGAGGAAGCCGCGCUUCCCUGACACCACUGCCGAGUUUUGGGAGGAUAUGGAGCGGCAUGUCCCCGUUUACACACUGCCUGAGGAAAUUCGCAAGAUGUCCCGGGAUGAGACAGUAUGUAAAUACUGUGGAGUCAGCUAUUUGAUACUUCAUGAAUUUAAGGUGAUGGAAGAAAAAGUAAAAGCAAUGGAAAAGGAGAUUAAAUUUUAUGAAGGAAGUAUUGAACGGGAAAAAGGGCUUCAAGCAGAAUUGCAGUCUCUUUACCAAGACCUUGAACACUAUCGAGCUGACGGUGAAUCAAAAACAGAAAGAAUAAGAACCCUCACAGUGGAGCUUAAAAACAAGCAAGAUGAUUUAAAAAAUGUGAAAGAAGAUUUGAGAUAUUUCCAAGAGGAAAAGGAAGCUGCCUAUAAACAAUCACAAGCGCUCAGAAGUGAACUAGACAGUAUUAAAGAAGUCAUCUCCAGUAAUCUGGAGAACUGGGCUGCCAUGAAAGAAGAAAUCUUUAUACAAAUAAAAACAGUUAGCAAAGAAGCUUUAACAGAAAUACCCAAAUUGAAUCAAAGAUUAGCGAAGUCCCAGAGAGAGAAUGAAUGCCUCCAAGAAAAGGUAAAACAUCUGACCUUGGUGGCUGACACAGUUGAGCUGAAAAGUCAACAGCUUCAAACUUCACUUCAGCAAGGGAAUGAGCUACAAAGUAGAUGCCGUGAGCUGCAAAAGGAAACAUUAGAUUUAACAAAUCAAGUAGAGACAAUUGGAUUGAAGCUGCAGAAAGUAACAGCUGAGAUGGACCACUACAAAAAGCUGUUAAUGGUGAAAUCAACGGAACUUGAUGUCUGUCAAAAUGAACUGAAAAAAAUUAAAUACGAAAAUGGAAUUUCUGAGUCAAGGUUUACAAAAGAGCUCAAGGAAAAGGAGGAAUCCUUUCUAAUUUGCCAACAAGUAUGCAAACAUUUACAGGAAGAAGUGGCUGAGAAAGAAAGGAAAGAAGAAGAUCUAAAAAAAAGAACUGGUCGAUUAGAAAGUGAGCUGGAAUCCCUUAAAGCUCUUCUUAGACAAACAGAGGAAGAGGUAGUGAUGUUGAAACAAGAAAGGGAGUUAAUGCUGAUUUCUCAUCAGAACAGAACGGAGCAGCUGCAGGUAGCAUUAAGACAGAAGAUGCAGAAUGAAGAUAACUGGAGGGAGAAGAUGGAAAUUAAUCUGGCUAAAGGUGAAGCAGAACACAAAGAAGCAAUUCUUAAAGUCAAGGAAGAAGCAAGAGUGGAAAUAGACAUUGAGAGACAAAAGCAACAAGAACUAAUCGCAAAAUAUCAGAGAGAUCAUGAAGAGCUUCAGAAGAAGAUUCCAGGUUUAAUAUCCAGUGCAACCAACAGCUUAAGGAUGGAGACAGAACUUCUUGAAAAGAAGCUACAAGAUGCCCAGAUCAAACUUACAGAGAAAGAUGAAGAGAAGGAAAAAGAAAUUGAGAGCCUUAAAAGACUAAUUACUGAACUUGAAUUUCAGCUUUCGAUGGAAAAGAACAAUAAUGAAUCAUUUCUGGAUAGUAUGAGAAAAGAAAUUAAACACAAGUCAGGUGAAUUGGAAAAAUUAACUCAGGAGAGGACACAGCUGAUUCACAAUCUGACUCAAGUUCAAGAAGAGAACACUCUUCUCCAGGAAACGGUGCGCAGAGAGUGUGAGGAACGCUAUGAGCUGACUGCAGCUUUGACUCAAGCCAGGGAACAAGUACUGGAACUAAAAAAACUCAGUGGAAAUUUCCCAUUAUCACCGUGUUCCCUGGCUCAGGGCAGCCUAACCUCCUCUGCUGCCCUGCUCACUGAUUAUGGACAGAAAAGCCGCUCUAGCCCCAGCACUGGGAAGGAAAUCAAUCUCUCUGGACAGUUUGGUGUUUCAAGAGCUGCGAAGGCACUCACCUCUGAGAUACCCUCCAUCCUCUGAACCACUGCGCAACGAAUGUUCCCUCCUUGCAGUUUUCCAUCUGGAGCCAUGAAUGUGUGGUGAAUUAAGGUCAGUGCCAGGAUGUGACUGUAUUUCUUCCCAGUAAA